GAGACGAAACAUCAUCCUUCACGGGCAGCCGCAACGCGGGGCCCUUCUCAUCGAUGUACAUGGCGCCCAAGGAAGAGGAAUUCCUGAGGCGCCCAAGGAAGAGGAAGUCACAGACACCAAUCGCGGGGCUUUGGCUCCUCAUGCUGCAAGCAUAUUGAUGAAGCUACUCUACGCUGCGCGCAUAUGCCGCUUCGACCUGCUUCGUUCCAUCAAUAACCUUGCUCGCAAGAUCACUAAGUGGUCCGUCAAAGAGGAUGCCGGGCUUCUCCACUUGAUCAGCUACGUUCAUCACACCAAGCAUCAUGAGAUGAUUGGGUGGGUAGGCAACAGUCUGAAGGAUCUUUCCAUUGGUCUGUUCGCAGAUGCCGACUGUGGCGAAAGCUGCGUCAGCCACUCUACUCCAGAGGCUGAAAUCGUGUUUCAGGAAGGUUAUGUGGGUUUGGCAUAUGAGGUCACCGCGAAGAUGGCGGCCGACAUCCAUACCAAAGCGUUCAAAGAUGGUGUAUCAUGGGCGCACGCAUGCCAGCUCAUUAACAUUUUCCCUCCUGAGCAGCUUCACACGGUUGAAAUCAUGGACAUGAUGAAGCCGACGCAUGACCAGGUGGCGGAUGCCAAGGGCAAGAGCCAGCGUGUUCACAAUUACCGGCCUGCAGGAGAUCGAUGGGGGUGUGAUCCCAUCGUGGUCGUCAAGUUUCCUCGAAUGUUACGUCCGCCGCCGGCCGCUAUUCCGCCUGGUCGUUACCAACGUUCCACGUGGGUGCUGCGUGAGGGCAAGUGGACGCGUCUUGAGGAUCAUGUUGACAUUCCUGAACAUCGCCAACAGUUUGAUCGCUAUGUGGAGCGUGCUGUAUUCCAGUAUCACUUCCAACGUGCUCGCCUACCCUCCACGCCGGUGGCGGUGUCACCUACGGUGCCCGCGUUGCAUGUCGGUGUACUACCUGUUCAUCGCUGUGACGUGUCCCUACAAAGGGUGGUUGCCGCGCUUGCGCGCGCCAUCCAUGGGGGGAGUGUGGGACAGAUUUAUGACAUUUUCGAACGUAAUGUGGACAUGAACAUCCCAUGGUUCUGGAGCUGUCUCUGUCAAAGCUUGGCUAUCCGUGUAGAUGUCGACCGAAAGAGAGGGAAGCGCAACUUGCUUGACGAUGUGCCUUACAUUCCUGCCAAAGUGCAAGUGAAAUCAACUUGUAAACCUCCCGUCACCAAGUUCUGCAAUGCCAAAGGCAAGGUGCUAUACACCUACGAGUCGGCCAAACUCCUUGACGACGCUCAAGGCGGCGUGCUUGGAGCCUCACUAGACCCAGAACUCGCCGCUGAGAUCACCAUAUGGGGGGCUGAUUUGGCCAAGCCGUUAUGGGUGCUGGCAGGAGUCGAUGAGGAGAAUUGGUGGAACGACUUCGUGCCGGACGAGGUUCAAAUAGUGUGCUCUGGAUCCAAAUUGUCCGGGUCUACCUCGGGAUACUAUCAACGAGUAAUCGAGAAAUGUAUAUCCAAAGAAAAUGACCUGGUGUACAUCGGAUCUGGCGCCGUCGGAGUGUCUUCAUGGCUGGACAAGCAUCCUGGAGCACGAGAUGAACCCCGAUGUGAGUCACCCGAGUACCCCUACAGGGACUUGGGCCUCGUGGCGGCUGAGGUCGCCAAGAGCGGGCUCCGUGUUGUGUUCGAGCUACCCG